ACAAUCUUGCCCAUGCAUUGAUGCUGAAAGAAGCUUUGAACACUGUCAUAUUUCCAGUCAUGGAUGAGGUAAUUAAGGCAGUUUGUGACAUGGCUAAAGCUAAUGCUCAUGUUCCCAUGUUUUCUCGCACUCAUGGGCAGCCAGCUUCACCUACCACCCUUGGAAAGGAAAUUGCAAUUUUUGCUGUCAGAUUAAGCAGGGAAAGGCUGGAUAUUUCUCAAGUUGAGAUAAUGGGGAAGUUUGCUGGUGCAGUUAGAAAUUACAAUGCACAUCUUGUUGCAUAACUUGAUAUUAAAUGG